GAGCGAUUGGCCACUCUCAGUCGGUGCUUGUCGUGCGCGGCAUGAGGAUGCGGAUUGGUGGAUGCGCCGGCGGAACCGCACGUUCACGUAGGACGGAGUCCGUUUGAGUUCGUUACGGCGGCAGGUUGUCGCAUCGUCGACAGAUCGUUUCGGCGAGGCGGAAUUAAUUGUUGCCGUUAAAUGUCGUAAGCGUAAAGGGGCGAUCGCAAGGGACGAAGGCACGCGCGCGCACCUGACGCUCGUCGCUCGCGGUGUCGCGACGUUCACGUGCGUUCCUCUGCAUCUUCGUGACGAGCUCGCGCCGAGCGCCGACCGGCCGACACUUCGAAUCCGGACGCCGCCGAAUCCCGACGACGACGCGAUGGGCCUGCCGCGGACGCUGCUCGUCGUCGCCUACCUGCUGCGCUGUCACGUCGCUCGCUCGAUAGCCGCACCGGCAAAAGCGACCAGCCAGGUCCUUCUGGGUGAAGUUGAUAUUACGCUUCGGAACGACGGCGAUGGUGACGUCACGACGGAGGAGCCGUUUCUCAAAAAAUGUAUCGUAGACGGGAAUGCCUAUUCGCACAGUCAAACGAUACCAUCUUACGACUCGAAUUCACAUUGCCUCUGCGUCGCUGGCGAGGUUUACUGUUGGUGGCAGAAUUAUAAUCCGAGCACCGCCCCGUCGCUUGGCCCGUCUUUCCUGCAAUCGACUACGGUGGAGAGCAAUUACACCCCAUCCCUCGAAGUGAAUACGGACAUUAUAGAUGGUUUCGAAGCUUCCGGAGAUCCUGAAUCGCCGCCGAUCAGCCAGCAAGGACACGUGGAAGUUAACGUCACUUCGUUGACCACGGCGUCUCCCGCACCGACUAUUUGCGUCGUGAUGGGAAGGGAGUAUCGACAGGGUGAGACUCUGCCACACUCAACGGGGAACUGCGUCGAAUGCAGCUGCGGCUCCGAAGGGCGCGUCGAAUGCUCACCGAGGGACUGUGUCGCGUUGCGACCCGAGAUAUUGGUCGCGCCUGAUAUACCGGAGGCGCCCGAUAGCGAUUUCGAAGUUUUCAACCUGGCGCGCGAUCGCGGCAUCGACGAGAGCUUUUAGAGUCGGAACUCCCACAAAUUCGCCUGCCUUUGAAUUGAUGAACAGCGACGUCGUUGACACUGUUGAGAGGCCAGUCGUCGUUUUAAUUAGCCGCGAUCUUAAGGACGGUUUAAAGGAGGCUAGAUGAUAUUGAUCCCCGAUAGAGACGCGCACGAUGGAGAUCCUCUCGAUGAACCGAGAUGAAAAGAAAGCAAUCCUGAAUUAUACAGUUCAUUGAACGUUGUGAAUGAACGAAGAUCGGCAGAGAGGGAUAAAUCUCUAUUAAGUUCGAAAUCUCUAUAUAACGUUUAUUUUGUAAUCGCAUAACGUUCUUCAUCCCAUACUCUCAUAGUUUUAAUUAAUCUGAAUGUAAAAUUGUACUUGCAAAAUUUGCGUGUUUGGAAAUUUGCACGCUGACACGUUGAGUAAUAAUAAUUGUACGUUCGUUUUUCUACGUAAGAAAGGAUCGCCUUCUCUCGGGGAUGAUCGAGGACGUGCCUUCAGUUUCUCGUCUUACGUCUCGCGGACGUAUCCAAUCAAAACGGCGUUGAAGGCAUAGUCCUAGAGCGUAGGACGCCUAGCGUAGAUCUUUUUCUAUAAGACCCUCAACGAGUGAGAACAGAGAGCCUAUUUGGGCUGAACAUUUUUUACGUAGACGGCCACAUCGUUAGUUUUCUUCUCGGGUACUAGAAGAGACCGAGAGUAUACCUCCCGCGUAGAAACCCCGUGAUAAUAAUUUAGCGCUCGCUCGUUUAUUUCUUAGAAUAAGAAAGACAGCUUGAUAUAUCUUCUUUGUGCUGCAUGCGAUUGCUGUUUUAUAAUUUAACGUGAUUUGAACCGAGUAGACACGUCUUGUAGCUUAUUAGCGAUUUGUUGGAAAUCGAGUAUAUUCGUAUUCGCGCAAAUUUCGAUGAAAGAAUGUGUUUGUAGACGUCGGCCUAUGAUCUAUGAAUUAAUAAUCAAGCAAGGCGUAUCGGCUCGGGAGCCGGUACUAACUUGCGAAAAGAACGAUAUUACUGAGCUUAGUCGUUACUUAGUCGGUCGUGAUAAUUCGACUUGAGAGACUCAAUAAAUAAUACUCUUCGUCAUAUCUCUAAUCAUAUCCCGAUUGGUUUCUAGUCAGAUAUUCUAGUCGCAAGAUCGUGUAAUUUAUGCGAUGCAUUUAAGGAUAUACGAUUAUAUAUAGUCACGUUGUAUAUCCAUGUUGUAUAUCGUAUACAAUGUGUUUGGUUUAAACGGGAACAUCACGGUGCUGAAAGAAGCGGUAUUUUUGGGAUCUUUUGACGAGGUGCGACGUAACAAUUGCGACCUAACUUUAAUGUAAUCCUUCUAUCGCGGAUUUAUCCGCAAAGGAGUUUUUCAAAUUUUUAGCAGCUAGAGGAACAAUUGCGUUUAAACCAAGCACACUGUGUACUCACGUACACGAUCGAAUGCGUCAACGAGUUACCCUAGUAAUAAUAAUUUAUGCGAUAUACACGAGAGAAAGAUUGAAUAGUGAUAGGAAUGUUCGCAUGAUAUAUGCAACCGUAAUCGUUUCCCUUAUAUACCGACUAUUUAAUCGGAUGUCAUUAUGUACCAAUCAAACCGGGCUAUAGCUCCUAUUUUCAUCGCGUGAUUGGCGUUCCGAGUGCGAAUAACUGGAUAUCUCCCGUUCUACGCGAAACUUGAUUUUUCGCUGAACAAGCAAGUGUUCUAGCGCUUGAUGCGCGGUGAAUUUACGGAGCUGUUAGAUUACGAAGCCAAGUGGAAUAAUCGUAUCAGUGAAGAAAAGGUAGAUAACGAAUCCCUUCGAGACAUACUCGACUCAACAUGCACAAUAUUAUACAUUAUAUUCGUAUAUAUAUAUAUUAUAUAUAUUAUACAUUAUACACAUAUUAUAUAGGUCACCCGAGGAACCAAGUACCAAGAGGUAAAACGCGUUGCGCGUAGUCCGCGUACGAUAACGCGAGAUUAGGAGUAGUUCGAUAAAGUCGCAGUUUUAUAUAAGCGAACAGGGCGGACGUUUACUUUUACAGCCAGCCCCCAUCUCCUUUGCGUUCGUUUUAGUGAGUAACGUAUUUUGUAAGUUUCCCCGACUAGUUUCCGAAGAUUGCACGCGUACUACUCCCUGCGACUCGUGGGUGAUAUGUAGAACAGCCAGGUCGUCUGAGCGUACCCUACUUUUGUACAGACGACCGGCGAUUUACGAGCGACCCCCGCGCCGAACGGAUGAAGCGUAUUUCCAGAAUAUUUUGUCACGUUGGAAAAUUUAUUUCGCGAGGAUGCGAGGUAUAUCUCAUAUCGAGAGUAUAAGUUUUUAGUGCCCCUCCCUUCGCGAGCGGGAAACCACACCGUGCGAAAGAAAGUGAUGACAGGGCUGUAGUUGUGUACUUUUACGACGACGGACAAGAAAUCGAUUGUUUAUAGAUAGUCACGUAGGGUAGAUAGUCUCUUCAAUGUGAUAUACAUAUCCCGAAGAUAACUUUGUCUAACACUUUACAACUUUGCGUCACAAGGGAUGCGUUUGAUCUUUCGGCAGAGCUGACUGAAAGUCUGGCUACUACUAUUUAUUUCGACAAAGAUAGAGGACAAAGCAGAGUAAUAGGAAUGUUAACGUUUCUCCAAUUUUUUUGUUUUUUUAAAAAGGAUAGAAUUGAAGAAACAUGACAAAACUGAGAUAGAGAGCAGAUAGAGAAGUAGAAAUACAUUUUGAAAUCUUUUGUCUUUCAUGUAAUGGUAAUGGUUUUUAUAAAUUUAAAAUUGGAGUUUUAAACUUAAAGGGAAGAUUGAGGAUAUAUGAAUCAAGAUAAAUAGAAAAAGAAUUUCUGUAACAUUAAAGAUUACCUAUAAGAUUAUUAAUAGAUAAUUUAUAUCCUUUUUAAAUAUAAUUUAUUCUUUUACGUUGGAAUCAGUUUUAUCUGUUCUUUCAGUUAUUACAUUUAUAUGGCAUUUAUCGACUAUCUGUCUUGAUUUUUGAGUAGUUAUUAUAAAUAUUCGAUAUAACAAAAUAUUCGAUAUAACAUGUGUGUCAGAUUGUAACAAAGAAAAAUUGUCAGCAGAGAAAAGUUACAAAGCUAUGGAAAUAAUAUUUUUGAAUGUCCCACUUUACAAAGAUUAGUUGUGAAAUUAGUUGUACGAAUAGAAUAUUUUCCAGCACCAAUUACCGACAAUCCACAUCGAGUCGACAACGUUAGAGUACCCCUUUGUGCGUAUGCGGACUUGUGAGUUUUUUUAGAAAAUUCCUCGUAAGACGAAGGUGGCACACGGGACCAUUUCUCGGUGGAAAUGGAUAGAUCAUCCAUUAAUUGCUUUUAAUUCAUAUUUGAGUAACGAUCUCGUACGUCUUCCAGUCAUGUCAUGCGCGCGCAAUUGUGUCUAUAUUAUAUUUCUGGAAUUACAUGUCUUCACAAAAAACUCUUAUACUCCAAAUAAAGAAGAAUCUCAUGAUAUA